AUGUCCUUCAAGCCCCCCAGAAUCGCCAUCGUCGGCGGCGGCCCUGCAGGCCUAACUCUCGGCCGUCUCCUGUACAAGAACCACAUUCCCUUCACAAUCUACGAGCUGCGCCAAAAACCGUCAAAGGCAGACCUCGCCAAACCAUCAGGCAUGCUCGAUCUCCACGAAGAGUCCGGCCUCGCCGCACUCAGAGCAUGCGGCCUGUAUGAAACAUUCCUCACACUUACGGGCGAAUGUUCCCAGGCGCAACGAGUGGCCGAUAAAGACGGCAAUAUCAUCUACGCCGACGGUGGUGAACUGAGCCAGCGGCCAGAGAUCUCACGGCAUGCGCUCACCAAUAUGUUGACCGAACACCUGCCGCCGGACUCUAUCAGAUACGGGCAUAAGCUCCUCUCCGUUUCAGCGUCAACCAAGGAACUCGAUUUCGGCCCCCAUGGGAAGCAACCAUUCGACCUUCUCAUUGGCGCGGAUGGGGCCUGGUCUCGCGUGCGCCGAGCUCUGACAGACGUAAAACCAUUCUAUACCGGCAUGCAGAGCAUCACAGGGACAAUUUACAACAUCCGCUCAAAGUACCCACACUUAUCAUCUCUGGUUGGAGACGGGAGUUUCUCAGCCCUUGGACUGCGUCAUGGCGUGAUGGCGCAACGCGGGGCUGCAGAUUCAGCACGUAUAUACACAUUUCUCUCUAUACCAGACGAGCACUUCGCCUCGACAUCCGGACUUAACAAGCUUGAUCUGCAGGGCGCCAAGGAGCGUCUUCUCACAGAUGAUCAACUUCUCGGCUCAUUCGGGAAGUCAAUUAAAGAACUAGUCUCCGCCUCUUGCGACGAAGAGUCCAACAUGAACACGGAUAUCAAUAAACUUCCUAUCAAGCCUCUCUACACCCUCCCCAUAGACAGCGCCUUUUCACACGAUACGAAUCCCGCCGUAGGCAUAACGGUCAUCGGCGACGCUGCGCACUUGAUGCCCCCUUGGGCAGGUGAGGGCGUAAACCUCGCUAUGUGGGACUCACUUCUGCUUUCCAAAGCUAUAAUCCGUGCUUUUCGAGACAGUAACGGCCAGUCUGCAUCUUUUCUCGCUACGCUCGACCCGUUACUACAGACCUUUGAAUUAGAAAUGUUCUCUCGCACGAGGGAAAAGGCUGAAGAGACGGAAGGUAAUGGGAAGAUGUUAUUUGGGGAGGAUGGUGCUCUGGCGUUUAAGAGGUUUUUUGAGGGUUUUUAUGGGGAGCGAAACGGCAGCUCAUGA